AUGUCUUGCCGCACUGCCAUUCUAUUCGCCUUGGACUGGCGAAAUCCCCGCCCAAAACACCCUGGAGUGGAUCCCUUUUCCCGAGUUACUGCUGCAAAUCCGGACGGAAGUGGCGGUGAGGCAAGUGAGGACGGGCAGAGUGCCUCUGGGCAUGUGCAGAGCGCCCUUGUCGCCGGCAACCUUUCCGCAGGUCCACUGUACCCAACCUAUUACCCUUCUCGGCGCUGCAGAAAAGGGCUCCAUCCCUCUCGCUUGCUCCCGCCCGCCCCCUUCCCACAGACAGCCGCGAUUCCUUCCCGGCUCCCCGUGGGAACAAGCGGUCCCUUCUCCGCCCUCCCGGCGAGGCCAGCGCUUCCUUCUCUUAGCCUCCGCCCCGUCUGCGGGAGGCCGUCCACCCUCCUGCCCACCCUCCCCGCCCCGCGCCCCUUCAUAGGCACGGCUCGUCCGGCCGCGCCGCCCCACACGCGUCCCGCCCUGCCCGCCCCGUCGAGGCGCACGCUCUCGCCCGCCGCCGGCUCCAUGGACGGCGGCGGCGCUUACCGCUGCCGCGCCAACCGGCACCUGGAGGGCGGCCAGUCGGCGCUGCCGGGCUCGCUGCUCUUCGCGGCCGGCCUGCUGGGCAACGUGCUGGCGCUGGGGAUCCUGUGGCAGCACCAGCUCCGCGCGCGGCUGCAGCGCGCCGGCGGCUGGGGGCGCCCAAGGGCGUCCGCCUUCUACCUCCUGGUCAGCGCCCUGGCCGCCACCGACCUGCUGGGCAAGUGCCUGCUCAGCCCCAUCGUCCUGGCCGCCUAUGCGCGCAACCGCAGCCUCAGCGAGCUCUGGCCGCCGCCAGCAACUGCCGUCGGGGAAGACGCAGCCGCCGGCGCUGGAGACGCGAGCCCCGGGAGCCUGUGCCAGCUGUUCGCCUUCCUGAUGGCUUUCUUCGGCCUGGCGCCCACCAUGCUGCUGCUAGCCAUGGCCCUGGAGUGCUGCCUGUCGCUGGGACACCCCUACUUCUACCAACGCCACACCAACCGGCGCCUGGGCGCGCUGCUGACCGUCGCGGCGGGCGCGCUGUGCGCCCUCUUCUGCGCCCUGCCGCUGCUGGGCUUCGGUGCCAUCGUGCAGUACUGUCCGGGCACCUGGUGCUUCAUCCGCAUGGCCGGCGGCGGGCGGGCCUACUCGGUGCUCUACGCCAGCCUCCUGAGCGCGCUGGGACUCGCCAUCGGGCUCUGCAACCUGGGCAGCAUGCGCAGCCUCUACCGCAUGGCGCGCCGGCAGCCCCCGCGAAGGAGCCAGCCGGCCGGAGCGCACGGAAGCGGCGGUGGUACCGGCGCCCCGUCGACCGCGCCUCCCGGCGCCGGCCGCACCGAGGAGCUGGGCCAGCUGGUCUUGCUGGCUCUCAUGACCGCCCUCUUCACCAUCUGCUCCCUGCCCAUGAUCGUCCGCGCUUACGUUGGCGCGUUUGCCCCAGAUUUCGACGAGAAGGCAGACCUCACCGCCCUGCGCUUCUUCUCCGUGAACUCCAUCGUGGACCCCUGGGUCUUCAUUAUUUUCCGGACGUCCCUGUUCCGCAGUUGCCUCCGCCGGGUUUCAAGGAGGCUGAGCUCGAAAAGGGCCACAGACUCUCAGCUGCUAGAAACUUGGGAGCGGAAAGGAUCCGAUCGUCUGCAGUGAGGCAUUUCUGCCUUCUCUGAGGAGCUGGUACUGGAGGGGGUCCAGCUGGACUUUCCCCGCCCCCCACCCCAGCCCCGUAAAUCAUCCAUAGUCCAAGGAAGAGGCUGAAGUGCUUGCAAGCAAACAUUUUCCCUGGUCAGAAAGAAGCAGCUCACUUAAGCUGCACGGUUAACCUCUGGAACUCAUGCCCACUGGAGAUAGCAAUGACAACAAGCCUGGGUGACUUUGAAAGAAGACUGGACAAAUUUGUGGAAGAGAGGGCUGGCAAUGGCUACUAGCCAGGACGCCUAGGCUCUGCCUCCACUGCAAUGCUUCUGAAUAACAGUUGCUAGAAACCACAGGAAGGUCUUGUGUUCGAAUCCUGCUUAUCAGAUUCCCAUUGGGGCAUCUGGUUGGCCAAUGUAAGAACCAGACGCUUGCGGGAAUAGAUGGGCCAUUGGCCUAAUCCAGUGGGGUCUUCUUAGGUUUUUAAUGUAGUGACCGCACCACCAUUCAUGGUUUCUGCUCUUUUAAGAUAGGUGAAAAAACCAAGAAGCAGUCACCAAAUUUGGGGGGACACACGGACAUUGCACCUCCAGCUGAUCAAAGGUACUAGACGGUUUGCAUACUGCCUGCAGGUAUCAGCCACUUGUGGGCAGGCCUGAAAAGUUAAAGAAGGAGGAGUCUGCUCUCUCCCAACUUGCAAGGACUUUCCUGCCAGGUCCCCUGGAGACCAUGGUUGCUCGCCAGUGGCGACCAGGCAAGUUGGCGGGCCUGAUAGGAGAAUCACAUAGCCACGUGGAUAUGUGCUGCUGUCUCGAAAGGGCAAAUUCCCCUCGUAUUUCUGCCCACAGGCCAGUGAGGCGACAGGAAUCCGGAAUGACCACCUUGAUCAUUCCCAGCACAGCGGAUGUGCGGCUGUCAUUGGAGCAGCGUGUACCGUAUUUUUCGCUCCAUAAGACGCACCUAGUUUUUAGAGGAGGAAAACAAGAAAAAGAAUUAUUCUGAACCAAACAGUGGAUGUAUUAUUUUUGUGGUUCAUUGUGUAGCCACAGACAUGUGAUCUGAUGGUGAAUGUGGGGUGACCCAAUGUAAAAAUCCUGAGGAUCCAUGGGCUUUUACCUUCCCCCUCCCAGACAGCCUCCUUUAUCACUAGUGUCCCUUAUCUCCCUCCCAAUCGCUUACCGAUCAGCUGCUUCCUUUCAACACCCCCUUCCCUCUUGUUUGUCUUAGUGUCUUUUCCUUAGCUGGAGCAGUUUUUUGCUCCUCCUUUUCUUCUAAUUUCUCUCCUUAUUGCUUUAGUCUUCCUGUUUCCCCCCUUUGCAAGUUUGCUGUCUUUACCUCCCCCUUCCCAGGCAGCCUCCUGUAUCUCUAGCGUCCCUUAUCUCUCUCCCCGAUCGGCAAACGAUCAGCGGCUUUGUUUCAACUCCCACUUCCCUCUUUCAAAAAAAUAAAAGUAUGAUCUGCUUUUCGCCCCUGGGCAAUUCGGCUCCAGGGCCCACGCUUUCGCUCCAUAAGAUGCACAGACAUUUCCCCUUACUUUUUAGGAAGAAAAAAGUGCGUCUUAUGGAGCGAAAAAUACAGUACAUUCCUAGUUACUCCCAUCUCGAAAUAGGAGACUGUGGAGCUGGGAUGGGGGCAGAAAGAGGCAGACAAAAUGACCAGGGAUAAAAAGGAUACACUUGAUUUACCUUUUCUUGAAGGGGAGGGACGGUGGAGUUGAUCUGCCCUCAACUAAAUCCUCCGUUCUGCAUUUAAAUCAGGAAUCUGUUCCUCAAUACACCCCCCCCGGGUUUAUACAUGAAUGGUGCAGAUGUCAUCAAGCCAAUUUUGGGUUUCGUCCAGCGAAUCAUUAGCUUGCAUGGUGGGGGGUUGGACUGACGACCCAGGAGAAUCCCCUUCCAAUUCUACAGUUCUGAUUCUAUGAAUCCUGAGCGUUGCUAGGGAAGCUACGGAAUGGUAAGCAUCAGUCAGGCCAGGGCUGAGAAAGGACAACUGAAGCCAUCAAAGGGGUUGGAGCCCUUGACAAAAAGGUUGGAAAUAAAACUUCACGACGGUGUCAUAUUGUUCGACAAUAUUGGGGCGCAUCCAGUCGUGUGUCGUUUGAGGGAUGAAGCCUCUCUGAAGGUGCCCUUUGUUCCGUUCCGGCCAUGCUCCAAAGAAACCUGUUUGUGUUUGCCGAUUGGUUGGUCCUUCUAGCAAUCACAAACACCCCCCUCCCAGGAGCAGUUUUUCACCUGGGGAAGACCGGUUGGUUUGCUUUAGCUGGCCAAACAAAUGUUUAGUCUGAGACAUCUGCCAAGCGCCCGAUAUUUUUAUUUUUAAUAUUUUUUAUUUAUUUUCCAUUUAAUAAUAUACAUUCACAUCAUCAUUAUCUACUUUACCACCCUGGCUCUUUAGAGCCUAUCAACUUCCUUCCCUCAUGGCUUUCAAAAUUAACCUUUAUAUCGUUGCAAUUUGUACGUUUUCCAAUUCUAAUGAGACUCAUUACAAACUGACUCAAAAUUUAAAUAAAUAUCGAAAGGUAGAAAUUUUCUCAUUACAAGUCUUCAGACAACCCUGCUAGGGAUGUUAAUUGCUUACAAUAAUCUUUCAGAUAUCGUAUAAAUUUACUCCAGUCCUUUUGGAAUACUUGAUUAUGUUGGUUUCGGAUUUUUUCUGUCAGUUUCGCCAGUUCUGCAAAGUCCAUCAUCUUCAUCUGCCCCUAUUCUUUCGUUGGGCUAAAGGAAUUCUUGUUGCAGUUGUUGCAUACAUAGAGAGUCUUUUAACUUCCCUUGGUAUAUCUUUGCCCACUAUACCCAAUAAAAAGGCUUCUGGUUUUUUAACAAAAGUAUUUUAAAACAUUUUAUUUAACUCGAUAUAUAUCAUUUCCCAGAAAGCCUUUACCUCAUUACAAGUCCACCACAUGUGGUAGAAGAUACCUUCCCUUUCUUUACAUUUCCAGUGCUCUUAAAGAGAAUGUUAUGAAAAUGAUGUAUAGAUGGUACUUAGGUAAAGGUAAAGGGACCCCUGACCAUUAAGUCCAGUCGUGGCCGACUCAGGGGUUGCGACGCUCAUCUUGCUUUACUGGCCGAGGGAGCCGGCGUACAGCUUCCAGGUCAUGUGGCCAGCAUGACUAAGACGCUUCUGGCGA